AUGCCCAGGGCCGGGCGCCUGCUCACCAUGGACACUGCCGGGUACAGCAAGUGGGACAGCAGGCUCGAGGAAGUCCCUGGAGGACGCCCAGCUGGGUCCCGGACCCCUGUCCGAGAAGAUGGGGGGUGUGGUUUUGCAGUGAACAAGAGUUUGUGCAUCUUUGGGCUGUGUGCACCACCUAAUGUGUACGCCUUAUGUAGGGGGCCAGGGGUGUCUGGGACCUACUGGAACAGGAGCAGUAGUGGGUGGAAAGGCGCGCUUGCGCGGAGCUGGGGAGGGGAGGCGCGCAGGCAGAAGCUGAUGGUCAUUUGCAGGAGGAAAGAGCCCCUCAAAGAACUGAGCGAUCGCGUGACAGAGCUUGGCUGUGAAGCGAGCAGGGACCGGGCAGACAUCAUGAGCUGAAGCUCCUCCAGGGCUCUGGAGGCCGCCCGGCUGGGGGGCAGCUCUGUGGUGCCCACAUCAUCGUGGCUGCCCUUCCAGGGCUCCUGCCACCUUUUCUCCAUCCUGCAGGCCACGUGGGAGGCAGCACACCUGCCUCGUAUCUGUAGUGAUAGUGGGAGUUACCUAUGGAGGGUGGCGGACCCCGCGGGCUCAGUGUCCUUCCCCGCGCAGGGCUUCCUGAGUCGGAACACGCGCGGCCGCGGUUACUGGCUGGGCCUGAGGGCCGUGCGCCGCGCGCGCCAGAUCCAGGGCUACCAGUGGGUAGACGGAGUCCCGCUCAGCUUCAGCCACUGGAACCUGGGGGAGCCCAAUGACUCUAUGGGGCGCGAGGACUGCGUGAUGAUGCUACGCACUGGGAUGUGGAACGAUGCACCGUGCGACAACGAGAGGGACAACUGGAUUUGUGAGAAGAGGCGCAGCUGUUGA